UAAGGCAUUUAUUUGUUCAGUAAGCACAAUGAAUAAUACUGUUCUGAAUCUAACAAAAAGUUUUGGUGCAAAUUCUUCUACUUCUAUGAACGACACAGAUCAUGCGCACGCUGAAUCAUCUGAAGAAUUCAAUUCCGUCGUGUUGCCAAUACUCUAUACAUUCGUCUGCAUUGUUGGGUUGUUGGGCAAUGGACUUGUAAUUUAUAUAAUGUAUUUGAAGAAACAGAGUAGAAACAUCACGGACAUCUAUAUUCUGAACUUGGCUAUCGCAGAUUUUAUAUUUGUUGCGAUGAUGCCUGUCUGGACUACAAGCGUUGCUUUAAAAAGAUGGAUAUUCGGUCAAGCGAUAUGCAAGUUGGCAAGCGGAUGCACAUAUUUUCAUUUGUAUGCGAGUGUAUUCUUUCUCACAGCUAUGUCAGUCGAUCGAUUUUUUGCAGUCGUCAUGCACAAUACUAUCAAGAGGACAAAAUUCAAUGCUACUGUUCUUGUUAUUAUCAUUUGGAUGGUAUCAACAGGUCUCGGACUCCUACCUUUGUAUUUCAGGAACGUUGUGGAGCACGAAACCGAAGGCGUUCGGAAAUGCGAUUGGACUUUUGAAUCAGAGAAUAAAUCUCAUCAUAAUUGGUUCAUUGUAUAUUUUGUGAGUAGAUCUUUUGUGGGAUUUGUUAUACCGACAAUUAUCAUCGUCAUCAGUUAUUCUAUGAUAGCAUUCUUUUUGCAAACAAGAGAAGCGAAGGGUAAACUGACAGCACAAUGCCAGGAUCGAGCAACACGAAUGGUUCUGGUUGUGACUACCGUGUUUCUUGUUUGUUGGUUGCCGAAUCAGUUUUCAAAUUUCAUCUAUUUUAUACAGAGCCUGAAUUUAAUACGUGCACCGAACCCUCCGGAUCUGAUACAUUACUACGUACAUAUGUUCACAACAUGUUUGGCAUGGAUCCAUAGUUGCAUGAAUCCAAUUUUAUAUGCAUUUAUGAGAGAAGACAUGAGAUUAAAGUUAACAGAAAUUAUGAAUAAAAGAAGGUGCUGUGAAGACACUCGAUGCUGGCCGCAUUAAGACAUAAUUCCUGAAGCUCAUCGGAUUUAUGAUCGACUCGGCACAACAGUAUGAUAUUUAUAACCUCGUGUGUACAAAGCGAAUUCCGAAAAUCUGUAGCCAAUAGGAGUGGAUAAAGUUUGAAUUCUUUGUAUAUACACGUUUGUGUGGGACUAGCAAGAGUUCUAGUUUGUAUUGUCGGUUUGUUUUCAGUUGCAUUAUGAGACGAAAUCUUCGAAUAUAUUCUAUUUCUCAGCGAGCAAUUAUGUAUUUUUUUGACACGUAGUGGACAUAACGAUCGUUUCAAAAUUUUGUUGUUAUUGUUAUUUGUCUCCAUCAUUUUUAAAAAAACGC